UGUGUUGAAGUAUCCCUGUGUCUGUUAUCCUCUUCCUGAUUCUAUGAAUUCUUCUGCUCCUUUAUCUGAUUUCGUUUCUCUUUAUCUGUUUAUUAUUCUUAUUUCACAAAUGAUGAUUGAUUGAUGAUUUUGGGGAUCAUCAAUUGGUAUCAAAGCCGUUGGAUUCUUUCGGACGGUUUAUACCUUACACAAAUGGAUCCGCAUAAUAAUAUCAAAUGCUUGAUUUUAAAGCUAUUGAAAUAACAGAAGGACACCGACGGGAAAUGCAAGAAUUUAAGAGGGAUCGUUCAAUUCUCUUAGCACAAAUGAAAGAUAUUGUUUCACCGACAAUUGAAGAAGGAGAUCAUGUCUAUUUGAAAUAUUGCUUCGACAUAUUUGCAGUAAAGGAUGAAAUUGUUCGUACAAGAUUUCAUGAUUCCACUUUUUACAAUAUUGGUGAUUUCUUCCCAAUAUUUGUUGAAGAAUUUCAAGAGAUUGAUGUGCCUGUUCACAAGCCACAAAGUGAAUCAAGUGAUGAACCCUACAUACUAUUCCUUGCUUCCGUUGAUGAAAAAAAAGUUUACUUCUCUUUUUGGGCAUUCAAGUUUAGCCAAUAUGCAGGAAGAUUUCGAGGGCGCAUUGUUGUUUUCCCAUGGUGUCUCAUAACAUGUUUUACGAAUCAAGUGACAAAGAUGAAGAAGAUAAUCCAAGAAAUAUCGAUACCUAUAUUCAACAUUUAAAGCUAGUGGGGACUUAUAAAACACUAGAGUCUCAAUCUGUCAUCCCAUCGAUAUCAAAUUUCCCUGAAACUCUUCGUAGAAUAAGCCCUCAUUGGGCUCAAUGCUUGAUUGGUAAAGUAAUGAGGAGAACGGUGGGUUAUAAGUUUUUGAAGGAUCGAGCUUGUGCUUUAAUGGAAACCCCGUGGAGAUCUUCAGAUGCCGGAUUUAGGUAAGGAUUUCUUUUUAUUUAGAUUCUCUGAUUUAAGUAAUUUAAAGAGAGUGGUCUUCCAAGGUCCUUGGUUUGUUGGAGGGAAUUUUAUUUCCCUUCAACAAAAGUCCACGGAGUUCAAACCGUCUCAUGCCACUUUCAGUAGAUUGAUUGUUUGGAUUAGACUCCCUGAACUACCAAUUGAAUUUUUUGAUCGUGA